UGAAGCAAAAAGCCAAAGAGUUCGCUGAUGCAUUGGGACACGAAGAUUUUGAAGCUAGCACAGGAUGGUUAGACAAAUUCAAAAAACGGCAAAAACCUUCUGUGGGGAAAGUGCUGACGCCACCGUUUAUGUCAAUAUUGAAAUUGAUGUGCAGACCAUGGGCAUCCCAUCCGAUGAGAAUAUUCACAUCAGUGUUCUGGAAACUCGUGGAGUUUCGGCAAUGGCAGAGUCAGAUAAGGAUGAAGAAGAACCGGCCGGUGAAGAAUUGGCUGACGUCAAUAAGACGAUACCUACAUUGGAGCAUGUUUCUUCAUCAAUAGAUGAACUUCGAACUUUUGUGGAGAUGAGGAGUAAUGUGCCGACUAAUGUAUUUAAAUCUCUUAAUGUAUUAGAAGGUUUUGUUGAGGAAGAGAAAUGGAAGAGUGUAAUCCAAACUGAAAUACCUGAUUAUUUUAAAUAA